GUUUCAUUGUCCUUAAAAACCCUAUUUCUACAAACCUUGCGUUUCGCUUACAGAGAGAGAGAGAGAGAGAGAGCGAGAGAGAGGAGGCAUCAGAAGAAGCAAAGAUGGUGAAGUUUUUGAAGCCUAACAAGGCCGUGAUCCUCCUUCAAGGUCGAUUUGCUGGUCGCAAAGCCGUGAUUAUUCGUGCCUUUGAUGAAGGGACGAGAGAUCGCCCAUAUGGCCAUUGCCUUGUUGCAGGGAUCGCGAAAUAUCCUAAAAAGGUUAUCAGGAAGGAUUCAGCAAAGAAGACUGCAAAGAAAUCUAGGGUUAAGGUCUUCGUCAAACUGGUAAACUACAACCACAUCAUGCCUACUCGAUACACUCUUGAUGUCGAUCUCAAAGAUAUAAUCACACUCGAGGCUCUGCAAUCUCAUGAUAAGAAGGUCACUGUUGCUAAAGACGCUAAGGCUCGAUUUGAGGAGAGGUUCAAGACUGGGAAGAACAGGUGGUUCUUCACUAAGCUCCGCUUCUGAAGAAGUCAUUUGAUCUCCUUUUUGUGGUUUGUGGAAUUUUCUCUUUGUCAUGUUUUGGUUAUGGAUUAAGUGUUUUAGCCAAUGAGACCCCGGUAAACUGGAUAUUCUCGUUCAUUUAGUUAUUCUCUCUCUAGGAUCUUUUCUCUCUCUCUUGAGCAUGAGCUACUGAAGGAUUUCAUAUUUGUAGCUUAACUAGUGCCCUUGAGAGUUAAUAUGGAGAUUGAGGAUCUCAAGUGUGGAUUUAGAUGAGGCUGUUUUUUUUUUUCCUAUAGAUUUUGGCAGGAAUACAGACAGUUAUGCUUUUAAUUUCCUUUAACUUCCCAUUUUCUCUUUUAAACUGAGUAAUGAAUUGUCAUCUUUUAUGUGUUAUUUGGAAGGGAUAUGAAUCUGAUAAGAAUGUGCGAAAUCCAAUUUAUAAUUA